AUGAGCAAAUGCCUGAUUAUAUCGUGCUUCGUUUUACUUGUUGGCAUCGGCCUUCUUGUUGGUUUACCAUUUGUUAUUCACAGUGAAAUAAGUCGAAGAAUGAAACUUCUAAAUGGCACUGCCCUAUUUGAAUCGUGGAGUUCCUGUCGAUCGGGAAUGAUUGUUGAGUUCUACUUUUUCGUUGUGUCAAACACCAAAGAAUUUAUGGCUGGUGAAAAACCCAUUCUUAAGGAAGUUGGGCCUUAUUCUUACGAACAGGUUACUUGCAAAGGAAUAUUACAAAGUUCACCGCAAAAUGAAACGGUUCUCUAUGCUGAUCGAAACACUUUUAAAUUUCUCCCGAAUCAAUCUGUUGGGUUGGAGUCUGAUAACAUUACCGUCCUCAACAUUGGUUACGUUUCAGUAGCUAACAUUGUGGGCAAAAAUAAAGUUAUUGACCUUAUAGUAGAAGAGUUCUUUCACAUUUUCUAUCAUAACCAACUCUUCUUUACGAAAACAGUGUAUCAAAUGAUUUGGGGCUACGAUGAUCCGUUGCUGAAGGCUAUUAACAAAGUGUACCCUGUACAGUAUAGAAUUGGUCUCUAUGCUGAUAAAAAUAACUCAGUGGGUGCUCAUUUUGAAAUUAAUGAUGGAGCCUUGGACACAUCAAAAGUUGGAAAAAUUCUUACCUUCAAUGGCAACCGAGAUUUAUCCGUCUGGAAUACGCCCCUUGCCAACAGUAUCAACGGUUCUGAUGGUUCCCUCUUUCCACCAUUUUUAGAUAUCACUUCUCCCGUUCAUGUCUUUUCUGCCGAUCUCUGUCGAUCAUUGGAGUUUCAAACUCAUGAGAAUGAUAGACCGGUGUUUAUCAACUCUGUCUCCACUAGGAAAUUUACACUCUCAACUAAUACUUUCCUUUCGCCGGAUAUAUACCCACGCAAUCGGGGUUUUUGUUUGGAUUACCCCAACUGUCCGAAAUCCGGUGUUUUGGAUAUGGGAUCUUGUAUAAAGAACGCGUCUAUUGCUAUCUCUUUGCCACAUUUCAACGGAGUAAGCUGUGUUUUCCACUUUAUCUUUAUUUUUAAUUGA